CCAUUUUGACAUUUUGUCACCAUAUAUUAGUCCCAGUUAAGGAAUCUAAGAAAAAGAACGGAUCCCCAUAUUCUACAAGGCCUAGGUGGCAAUGAGAUGUUAAAGACACACUACGCGGGCUACCCCGAACUUGAUUUUUAAUUCUUUGGCUUACGAGAAUCCGCCGCCCUGCUGCAAGACCGUCUUACCUUGACACCACACAAUCACACAACAUCCCGCAUCUAACCAAGCUCACCGACGACUACCGCUGCACCCAGCACAUGUUCCCGGUUGCUGAGCAAGUAAGUGCUCAGCCUACUAAUUUACGAAAUUCAAUCCGACAGGACGGGCCUCAUCAUCGAUACCACGCGCGAAACACGCACUCCCACUUCGCAACCGCCGGCGCAUCAGCAGCCCCGAGGGGCUCCAGUCCAUCAAAUUCUUUCUAUACAGUCUCCGGCGACCGUCCAGAGCGGUUCGCUCUGGCGGAACCCAUGCAUCGACGGCACACUGGCGGGCAACUAUCGAGUAGGGCCGGACUACAAUGUCGAUUACUCCCCGCAAGAGUCGCAUCCGGGCGAACAAAACCAGACUCCACACGCAUACGACACCCAUCACCAUCAAGGAAAUCCAAUGCAGCACGCCGGGCACAGGAGCUUACAUGAACCAUCACAGUCGCACUCUCACCACGCCAUGUCGCAGCAUCACCCCGCCCAUCAUCACCCGAUCCUAAUGGAUCCGGGGCAUCUUGGGCCUCGACACAUGGGUCAUCAGCCUUCGCAUUACGGACCGACGCCGUCGCCUCAUGCUGUUGUCGGUCCGCCGCUGUACCCGGCGAUGACGCCAACCCAGCCUCCUCAUAGCGCUGGAUCGAAGCGCAGUCGUCCGGACGAUCUGGACUUGUCUGUUCCUGGUAUGUCCGAUCUCGAUCAGGGUGACCUCGACAGUAUGCAGUCUAUGGGCGCUGCAUAUGCGCAGGCUGCCGGGGCAGCUCCGACACAUCACCAUCACCGCCUACCAGAUCAAGGGCCACCUUCAAAGAUGAUGAGACGCGAAGGAGACGGAAGCAUGGGGCCCGCAGGAGGUGGCGCCCCGAGUGUGGUAGGACAGGUUGGAAUGCCGGCACCAGCGCCGAGGCCAAGGGGGCCAAAGCUAAAAUUUACGCCGGAAGAUGACGCACUACUUAUCGACUUGAAGGAAAAUAAAAGCUUAACAUGGAAGCAAAUCGCGGACUUUUUCCCAGGGCGUUCGUCGGGUACACUACAAGUUCGCUAUUGUACAAAGCUCAAGGCAAAGACAACACAAUGGACGGACGAGACAGACCAAAAGCUUCGAACGGCGCUUCAAGACUACGAAAACGAAAAAUGGCGCUUUGUUUCCAACAAAGUUGGUCCAGGAUUUACGCCCCAAGCAUGUCGAGAGCGAGCCACGCAACUGAUGGGAGGAGAUACUGGGGAAGUCGGGGAGGAGAACUUAUAGCAAUCAGCGUCUCCGCCAGGAGUGUCAGCUCCUGGGUCCGGGGACACCAUCUAUCCACAGCAGCUCCAAGGUUAGGAGCCAGCAGAGUAGUACAUACUACGACCAUCACCAAACAUACAUAGACGAGGCGAAUACAAACCGAUGAAUAUACUUCAGCGCUAUUAUCGA